AUGCCUGAACGUGGCCCGAGCCGACGACGAGGCGGCAACGCCUCGAGCUCGCUCAGCCGUUCGGCGACUUUCGACGACAUCCCCAAGGAUGACGAGGAUCUCUUCGAGGCCAGCCGCGAUCAGAUCCUGCUAGACGGUCAGAACGGCGGCUACGAUUCGGACGAUGACAUGGACGUUGGACUUAGUAAUCGGGAAGUUCUGGGCAUCGACGAGGCACCCUCGGACGAAGACGAAGACUCCGACGCAGAGGACGACGACGAUGCCGAAGAUGAUGCCGAGGAGUACGACGAGGGCCUCUCGGCACGACAGAGCCGCGGCACCAAGAAGCGUGACAUCGAGGUUUCUUCCGACGAUGACGACGAUCUCGACAUGGACGACGAGGACGAGGACGGAGAGGACGAUGGCCCGCAGAUGCACGAAAAUGACCGUGGCUGGGGCACCAACAAGCGCGCAUACUACAACACCAACGACCUCGACGACAUGGACUCGGACUCGGAGAUCGACGAGAAGGAAGCACGCGAGCUCGAGCUCAAGGAAGUCAAGCGUCUGCAGAAGAAGAGUCGCAGUGCCAUGGACGACUCCGACUUUGGUCUCGGCGGCGAUGCUGACGUCGAGCUCGUCAAGUCGGCCAAGGACGCCGGCAGGGAGCAGAGGAGGCGCGAGCUGGACGGCGUCGACGAAGAGCCCAAGCCUUCCCCGACUCCGCAGCAGCAGCAGCCCACCGCUCCGCUCUCCGACGGCACGAACGAUGAGAACACUCGUCGCGCCCUCUUGGCCAAGCUGCAGCAGACGAGCCCCGAGGCGGUUGCGCUCGCAGGCGAGUACGCCGACAUGCUUGAAGAAUUCGGGCGCGUCGACGCGCUGAUCAAAAAGCUCACUGUCGAGCAGCCCAAGCACGCCAGCCUGGAGAUCAUGCACGUGCACUACCAAACGCUGGCCACGUACAUUACCACGAUGACGUUCUACUUUCACCUGCGCGCCUCGCCCGAGUUCGCGAGCGAGCCGGCCAAGCUGCGCACGCAUCCGGUGAUGCAGCGCAUGAUGCGGCUCAAGCAGGGCCUGAGCGUGAUGGAGGACCUCGGCCUCACGUUCGACCCACACCGCAUGCCGGCCAUCGGCGGGCUUAGCUCGGACGAGGCGGACGAGAUGCACAUGCUCAGCCAGGGCAGCGAAGACGAUGAUCUGGGCGAGCUGGACGACGACGAACUGCUCGACCUCAUGGCCGAUGCCGAGGCGAGUGGCAAGGAGAAUGCUGCACCGCGCAAGGCGAACAAAUCUGCCAAGAAGGCCAAGAAGCAGGCUGCUCGCGAAAGCGAGGACGGCGCUGAGGCCGCCGGCAAGAAGAAGAUCAAGAAAGCGGACAAGGGCGAGAAGAAGGCGAAGAAGACGAAGAAGGCUGAGCCCGUGGCGCCGCUGGCGGCUGGACUGGCGGAUCUGGACGACGAGCCGGAGCUGCAGGUGAAGCUGAAGAAGAAGGGAGCCAAGGCGAGCUCGGCGGCCAGCAAUCCGUUUGCCGUGUCUGGCGACGAGCGCCAGUUCGAGGAUGCGACGUUUGGCGAGCUGUCUGGGCUGUCUGCGAUCGAGUCUGCGGAGCGAGCGGCGCGCAAGCGGUCGCUGCAGUUCCACGCGUCGGCGAUCGAGAGCAAGGCUCUGCAGCGCAGCAAGGCAGCCAAGGAACGCCAAUCGGGCGAUGCCGACAUCCCGUACCGCGACCGCGAACGCAGCCGCGCGGGAGUCGAGGCUACCAAGGCGGCACGCGAAGCCAAGCUGCAGCAGGAGCUCAACGGUGGGCGUGGCAAGGACGUGUCGCUUGACGGCGACGAUGGAUGGGGCGAGGCAGACGAGAAGGACUGGCGCGAGGUCAUGGACCAGCCAAUGUCGUCGAACGGCGCCGCUUCACGCGGUGGCGAGGAUGCCAGCGAUGACGACGACGACGAUGCAGCGGGAUACUACGACCUGGUUGCGUCGUCGCGCAAGCGUGCGCGUGCUGAGAAGAAGGCCGAGUACGACGAGGCGCGCAAUGCGGAGCGCUUCGCCCUCAUGGAGGACGAGGAGCUGGAAGACGGCCAGCACCGUGGCAUCACGCGCCAGAUCGAGAAGAACAAGGGUCUCACGCCGCACCGCCCCAAGACGUCGCGCAACCCGCGUGUGAAGAAGCGCCUCAAGUACGAGCAGGCCAAGAAGAAGCUCGGCUCGCGCCAGGCGGUGUUCAAGGGCGGCCAGUCGAGCCUCCAGGGCGGAUACGGAGGAGAGGCUUCGGGUAUCUCGACCCACCUCGUCAAGUCGCGCAAGCUUGGCUAG